AUGAAGGGACUUCAGAAUGGGAUCCCAAUCGCCGUGCUCGCCGCGAUGGCCAGUGCCCAAGGCAUCGGUGGAUCUCAUGGAGUAGAUAUCGGCAACGAUGCCGCGCUGGGUUUUAGUAAUGACGUCUAUAGUGAGGUUAACGCCUUCUCGAAGGACGACCACUCCACGGAUAUUGACACCAACACCAACAUUACCAACAUCCUCACUGUUCCUCCACACCCUCCGGCCCACGGCCCUCGCGAGUCGGGACACGGACCUCGGGGAGGACAUGAAGCACAUGGAAGACGCUAUGCGCCCACCGUGGUAGGUGGACCGCAUAGCGUUGACAUUGGUAACGAGGCAGACCUUGAUUUCAUGAACGCAUUCAAGUCGGAUGUCAACUCAUAUAACGAGGACAACCACAGUGUGAAAAUCGAUAAGACUACCCACAUUGUUAAUAUUCCACCACCGCCUCCACCCCCGUUCCAUCAUGGACCUCCACAUGGACCUCCACAUGGACCUCCACAUGGAGAUGGGCAUGGGCAUGGCCGCCGCGACCGGCAUGGCAAGGGACCAGUGACAUCUGUGGUCGAUGGCCCUCACACUGUGGAUGUCGGCAAUGCGGCAGAAUUUGGUUUCAAGAGCGAGCUAAAAUCGGAAGUGAGCGAUUAUCAUAAGGAUGACCACUCUGUUGAUAUCAAGAAGACAACUGAUAUCAAGGUGCUUCCUCCACCGCACGAACCACAUUCACACGGCCCACCACGCCAUGACCACGAGCGCCGCGACCGCCAUGGAAACGGCCCGGAUACAGUGGUUGGCGGACCUCAUGGAGUCGACGUUGGCAAUGCCGCCGGCUUCGCGUCGAAGAAUGCGUUCUCAUCUGAUGUGAACUCAUUUAACGAGGAUGACCACUCGGUCGACAUUGACAAGGCAACCGACAUCAAGAUCCUGUCUCCCCCCCACCCGCCUCAUCAUGGACCCCCUUACGGACACGAGCGUCAUGGCGGCCCGGGAAAGCGCGCACAUAGACCCUAUACAGUUGUCGUCGAUGGACCAGGCGGCGUGGACGUUGGCAACGCCAACGCUUAUGACGAAGAGAACUCAGCAGAGUUCAGAACUACCGUGGCGAACAUUGACGACCACUCUGUUGGCAUUGAUGAAACAACAGAUAUCAAGGUUCUGCCUCCCCCCCAUCCGCCUCAUCAUGGACCCCCUCAUGGACGCGAGGGUCAUGGCGGCCCGGGAAAGCGCGCGUAUAGUCCUGAUACAGUUGUCGUCGAUGGACCAGGCGGCGGGGACGUUGGCGAUGCCAACGCUUAUGGCCAAGCGAACUCGGCUGACCUCAAAACCAACGUGGCGCACAGUGAUGACCACUCCGUGAAAUCGCACUCUGAUGUCCAUGAGAUCAUUGCCGCUCCGCCUCAGGAUGACUAUCAUGAAGAGGAGAAGCCAGGCCACCACCAGUACGAGGCUACCCAUGCUCCCGAGCAGGAACAACACCAUGAACAACAGCAUAAGCCUCAGCCUCCGCAUGAGCCUCCGUAUCAGCCUCAGCAUCAACCUCAGCAUGAGCCUCCGCAUGAGCCUCAGUAUCAGCCUCAGCAUCAACCUCAGCAUGAGCCUCCGCAUGAGCAUCAGCCUCAACAUGAGCCCCAGCAUCAACCUCAGCCUCAACAUCCUCAACAUGAGCCUCAGCAUGAUCCUCAGCCUCAACAUGAGCCCCAGCACCAACCUCAGCCUCAACAUGAGCCUCAGCAUGAUCCUCAGUCUCAACAUGAUCCUCAGCAUGAUCCUCAGCCUCAGCAUGAGCCUCAGAAUCAGCCUCAGAAUCAACCUCUGCCUCAACAUGAGACUCAGCAUGAUCCUCAGCCUCAGCAUGAAGACGAGCAUGUGCAGCAGGCGAAGACUCCUACGCCCCACGGUCACGAAGACGAGGACUCUUCGCACGCUGCACCGAGCCAGGGCGAGAGUCCCACCGGUGUCGACGCCCUCCACUCAGAAGGUCCUGAUAGCACCAAUCCACAUGCGCCGGCUUCUAGUCAGGCAUAUGGCCAUGCUCAGCCCAGUGGUAACGACGGGUCCGAUUUUGAUGUGCCAUCGCCCACGACUCUUGCGCAUAUUGCCCAGGGUUCGAACGCUCAUGCACCCGCCCCCACCCUCGCCGUGCAUGACACGCCAUCCGCAUCCAACGCUCACAUGGUCCUAACCUCGACGCUCACCGUCGCUCAUGCCUCUUCCUUCCAUAAGGUCCCUGUCUACGUCCCGAUGCCGUCGAGCAAUGGGUUGGGAGCUGGAGAAUCACAUGCAUCUAGCACACCGGCGGCUCACAUUCCAGUCGGCGUUGACGCUGAGCAGCACACUUCCCAUGCUGGAUACAGCCAUGCUACUCCCUCGCCCUCUUCUCAGGGUGUCAUGUUCACCGGUGGUGCUACUCAUUUCUCGCCUAGUGUGGGUGUUAUAUCCCUGUUCUGCGGUGUGAUGGGUCUCUUGGCAUACGUGUUGUAA